AUGGGACGUGAGAAAGAUGUCUCAACGCGAUUGAUUCGACCGACUAUUCCCGAAUUUGAUACAGCACGAUUGCUUUUGUUUGUCGAACGAUGGGAUCCCAAUUGGGAACAUGAUGCUUCUAUAAAGAUCUUCGACGAAGGCAUAGCUCAGUAUAUGUUGACCGACAUCGAAUCGCAUUACAAGUACAUGGCAGCACUGAUCCUUUCAAAGCCGAGCCUCAGAUGUCGACUUGUCGAGCAGGAACCCGAGGAUAUUCUUGAUGCCGAAGGAAACAGAAUCACAUUGACGAAAGCUGAUGGCCUUUCAAUUGAAGACGUCAAAAAGAUCGAAUACAUGAAGCAAGUCCUACAUAAACGUGGAUAUCGAUUCAACGACUAG